AGGUUUUGGAUUUCGUCAUAUCCCGAUUGAGGCAUGGAAGUUUCUCAUUGAUUAUUGUGGGGUUAAGGAGCUGAGCAUAUCAAAUGCGCCAAUUGACAUUAAUGCACUGAACCAUUCAGAUCUCUGCAAUAUAACAGCGUUAUAUUUGAUUGAUGUUGGAUUGACAGAGAUGCCAUGCUUAUCUAACCUCAAAAAUCUUGAAUGGCUCUGCCUGAAUAAUAAUCAAAUUGGCUAUGUCAACCUUCAGAGCUACUUUGAUGCUGGGACAGGCGGCAGUACUAUGCCAAACUUGAAGUAUCUAGACCUGUCUAGAAAUCCUGUAUCAAAGAUUGAUGCAAGAAUUAAAAAGGUCUUCACAAGUAAACCCUUCAUAAUACUUUCAGAAGUGAUAGUGGUAGAUUUAGGGAUUUCACUUAGCGAUGUGAAACAUGAAUUAGAAAGCGCAGAUAUCAAACUUGUUGAGUCAGACUUGGAGAGUCAGAUGGAUUGGAUGCCAGUAACUGAUUAA